AAUAACCAGUUUACACUAUUCCAGUCAAUGAUCGAAUCCAGCCCUGGAUUACAACUGGAAAAUUAUAUAACCUAUCUGGAAUUUUCAAGAUUUCAAUCCAGUACGAGCACUGUGGAAUCAUGUAGGCGGUCGAUCGAGUGACAUUCCAGUGCUAACAGAACAGUUGUACAGAAAAAAGUGUUGCUUUGUGAAUUAUUUACCUGGAUUGGGAAGAACGAAUUUUACGAUGAAAAAAUUAACUGAAGACCAAACCUUACAGUUUAUUAUGUUAUAUAAAGAAAAUUCUUGUUUAUGGGACAUAUCAUCUGAAGAUUACAAAGAUAGAGCUAUGCGCCAAUCAGCUUUGGAAAGAAUAUGCGAAGGAAUGCAACUUCCAUCUUUGACAGUUGAUGAUGUGAAAAGCAAAAUAAAAAGUAUUCGUUCCACUUAUUAUCUUGAAUUAGAUAAAAUUAAGAAAUCGCUUGAUUCCAGUGCAAGUAAUGUUUAUGAACCUAAAAUGAAAUGGUUCCCCGAAUUUCAUUCAUUCAUAAAAGAUGUAAUAGUGAAGCGUAAACCACUGGAAUAUUUUAUAGACAAUAGUGUAUUUGAGCACUUGGAGCAAUCUGAGGAUACUACCCAUGGAGACUCUAAUGUUGUCGCCCCUCCUGCUGAACCUCGAAGGAAAAGAAGCAGAAUUUCAAAGCUAUCUACGAUAGUCCGUAAUGUGGAAGAGAUGCAAUACGAUUUACCUAAAAUAAAAACUGACGAAGAUGAAUUCGAUGUGUUUGGGAAACAUGUUGCGAAGCAGCUAAGAGAAUUGUCUACGAAACAGGCUAUACUAGGUCAAGACGAAAUUCAGAGAGUGAUUACGAAAUGUCGACUCCGCGAUUUGAAAUAUACAAAUAAAAAAACUUAUUGGAAAUAUAGAAAUACGUAUAAUCCUGAAUAUGUAAUAGACACACAAGUCAGUGAUGACUCCACCCCAGGACCAAGUAAUAUGUGUCAAGUUAAUAUACCAUUGAAUAUGGCGGAAUCUAAUAUAGACAUGGACUCUGAUGACGCUUAAUAUGUAAUAAGUAAGGAGCCAGAAUACAUUAAUAAAAUUGUGAAUUCUAUCAAUAAGAUGCGUAAUAUACAUAGAAGUAUAAAAAUAAAGAUUUCAUGUUUUA